GGGGCGGAGCAAAGCCGGGGUUGGCUGAAGCGUGUCGCUGUCUCUGCUAGUGGGCUGACAGGCCUGGUGGGCGCCCGUCGGGGACUGAGGUCCAGGUAUGGGAACAACAGAGCAGGAUCAUGAUGACUUCUUGUGGGAAUGAGAUGGAAGCGAUAUCGCUGUGGUCCUCUGUUUAAUUUUAUUUAGCUCUCAGCCUUACUUCCGGCAGAAUUCAGAGGUUUCAAGCUCCAGCAUCUGAAACAUUUCCUGUGAUUCUGAAGAUGACACAGUGAUGAGUCUUCUCAUUUCCAGCUGAGUUUUAGGUCUGGAAUGGCCAGCCAGGAAACUGAAGUUCAAAGACUGGCACUAGAUAACGAUUCAAUGAUAGAAGGGAUAAGUGACCAGGUUCUGCUGGCGAUAGUGCUUAGCAUCACAUUCCUGGUUGCACUGACAUACAUGCUAUUAAGAGAUGGGCAGUCAGAUAUUCAUCCAGAAAACCAAGAGCUAGUGAGAGCAAUUAGACAACAAAUACAAUCGGAACAGGAAAAUAGUGUUGGUGACAGGCAACAUUUCUACACUGAUUUGUCCUGCCCGGUGUGUUUGCAACAGGCUACAUUUCCCAUUGAAACAAAUUGUGGACAUCUUUUCUGUGGUUCCUGCAUUAUAGCGUAUUGGAGGUGCGGAUCAUGGCUAGGUGCAAUACACUGUCCUAUCUGCAGACAAACGGUAACUUUAUUUUUACCACUCUUUGAUGAGGGACAAGAGGAUGCAGCACAAGUACUUCAUGAUGUUAAUGAUUAUAAUAGGAGGUUCUCGGGACAGCCAAGAUCGAUUAUGGAAAGGAUUAUGGAUUUACCUACAUUAUUGCGUCAUGCAUUCAGAGAAAUGUUUUCUGUCGGUGGUCUCUUCUGGAUGUUCCGCAUCAGAAUAUUCCUCUGUUUCCUGGGGGCCUUGUUAUAUCUUGCGUCACCGUUGGACUUUCUUCCUGAAGCUUUGUUUGGAAUAUUAGGAUUUUUAGAUGACUUUUUUGUGGUUUUUCUGCUACUCAUAUAUAUAUCUAUCAUGUACCGAGAAUUCGUGACACAGAGACUGAACAGAUGAAGACAGAUGUCAGUAAUUAACAUUAAGGUACAUUAAAUGAAUUAACUGUUUUGAGAAAAAAUAUCUAGACACAAUUUUGGUUAUUAAAAAACUUUCAUUGGAUCAUCUUAUGCAAUCAAAAACACAUCUUUAUUUCUGACAUACGCCAGCAUAAGAUAACAGAUUAUAAAAGUAUAUUAUGCAAAUGUGAGGAAUUAAUGUCACAGCGAUUAGGGAACUGGAAAUUUGAUG